AUGGAACGGAGGGAGUAUAAUUCAAUGUCUCCACUCUCCACUUACUCUGCAUUCCUUUGCGCUGCUCACCCUCCAAAAAGAAAAAAAUAAUUCUAAUCCUCUCGUUCGUCAUUUCAUCCAUGGCGUUUCUCUCAAUCCCUAGCAUUUUUUCUCGAGUUGCUCCUGCAAUUCCAUCAGCAUAUCAUUUUCUUGAACCCUCCAUCCACAAUCAGUAUUCAUUGCAGCUGAAGUCAUCCUGCAGGCUAAACCUCUCAACAUUAUGCACGAGUUACGAGGCUGGCGCAGGAUUUUUGGCGGACGAAUUCGGAGCUCAAAUUGGAAAACUGGAAAAUCAUGGACCUGAAAUUGGCGAUUUCAAUAGUUCUCAGUAUGAACUUCUUCUUAAAGGUGGUGAACAAGUUACCUCCGUCCUUGAAGAAAUGGCCAAGCUAUUGGAAGAUAUGAAGAUGGAUGAAACAUCUGAGGAGGUAGCAGUGCAAUUGGCUGCACAUGGAGUGAUUGGGAAGAGAGUUGAUGAAAUGGAGUCCGGGUUCAUGAUGGCCCUUGAUUACAUGAUCCAAACUGCUGAAAAGGACCAGGAUGACAAGCGCAAAUCACUUUUGGAAGUUAUCAAGGAGACCAUAUUGUCUCAUCUUACCAAGAAGUGCCCCGCUCAUGUUCAAGUCAUAGGCCUACUCUGUAGAACUCCCCAAAAAGAAAGCAGGCAUGAAUUGCUCAGGCGAGUAGCUGGUGGUGGUGGAGUAUUUCAAAGUGAAAAUGGCACAAAGGUCCAUCUUCCUGGUGCAAAUUUGAAUGAUAUAGCUAACCAGGCGGAUGAUAUUCUGGAGACGAUGGAAUCUCGUUCCGUUGUCCCUGACAGGAAGUUACUAGCAAGGUUAGUUUUAAUCAGAGAAGAAGCUAGGAGCAUGAUGGGAGGUGGAAUACUUGACGAGAGAAAUGAUCGUGGUCUGAACACGCUUCCUGAAUCAGAGGUGAAUUUUUUAACUAAACUUGUUUCCCUAAGGCCAGGGAAAACUGUACGUGACAUGAUAAAAAACGCGAUGCUUGGUAAAGAAGAAGGUGCAGACAGUUCGGACUAUGAAGUCGGUGCUGCUGGUGGAAUUGCAGGAAGGGCAAGUGUAAGUGGGCGAAAACCAUUACCUGUGCGUCCUGGAAUGUUUCUUGAGACAGUUUCUAAGGUCUUAGGUGGCAUAUAUGGAGGAAAUGUCUCUGGAGUCACAGCUCAGCAUCUUGAAUGGGUACGCUCGGUAACAUGUCAUUUAGGGCCUGUUUGGAUUGGCUUAUUUAUAGUUCAUCAGAACACACUUCAAAUACUUCAAGAGAUUGCUUUCUAGUUGUUCCCAGCAACUCCCGGAGAUGAAAGCAAAUAUAUCCUGCCUGCAUAUCUUGGAAGCUUCAUUAAAAUUUGGUACUCCGAGUCUUCUUUAAGUUCACAAAGAAUUUUAGAGUUACUUAUGUAUAGUUGUCAGACGAACAAUAAGUAGUUAUUAGAAGGAACAAAUUUACAGUUCUAAAUGAAAUUCUUAGACAUCUAGGGGUCGUUGGUUGCAAUAUAUUAGGAUAAAUAAUACAUGUAUUAAGUAUGAUAUUAUUUAAUACAAUGUUUGGUAGGAAUUUCAAA